GCCGCCGCGUCCCGUUUGGCGGCGGAGUCGGCAGGAGUGGGUCAUGUUGAUGACAGUGGCCGCGAUGGCCGAUCCCGAGCAGCGCUGAUUCAUCGCGCCCACACGACGAGCGCCGGAGUGGACGUCAAGCCGCCUCCGCCGCAACCUUAGUUUGAAAAUUUUAAAAAACCAGCCACCAUACUCUUCGACCAAGUUUCUCUUCAGCAGCGACCCGUCACCCCAUUCACAAUAAGUCCGCGCCGUCAAUCGGCAGGAGUUUGUUUUUUAUUAUUCCCCUCCCGUCUCGGGCUUAUGUCAAUGUACACGCUGGGCGCCUGGGCCGACAUGAAGCCAGAGAUCAGCGCGGCGGUGGGCUUUAUCUGUAAGCUCCUCCGGACCAAGGCGACCGUGGACGAGCGGCAGCUGCAGACCUUCUGCCAGUCGCUGCAGGACCUGCUGGCGGACCAUUAUAAACAUCACUGGUUCCCCGAAAAGCCCUGCAAAGGCUCCGGCUACCGGUGCAUUCGGAUCAACCAUAAAAUGGAUCCGCUGAUCUGGAAGGCGGCGAGCCGGAUCGGACUGAGCAACGAGCAAGUUUACGAACUGCUGCCGAGCGAGCUUACACUCUGGGUCGACCCUUACGAGGUGUCUUACCGCAUCGGCGAAGACGGCUCGAUCUGCGUGCUGUACGAGGCGCACCCGAUGGGCCAUAGCCACCACCACCUGCACCUGGACGCCAGCUCGCCCGUGCCCAUGGUGGACGGCAGCCGGACGAGUUGCAAGGACGAGUUACUGAUGGGCAGGACCAACCCUUGCAAAGCCUACAGCAUGAUGACAGUGUCAAGUUAGGGCGGCAUUGCAAAUGGCCAGUGUGGGGGAGGGGGAGGUUGUCCUGAGAGGGAGGAGAGGAGGAAAGCUUCUCUUGGAGACCCACACCGGGCUUUGCUUUGGAGUUGAUUGCACCUCUUGAAUGUUAAGGGGAAGCCGUGUAGCUCACACAGGCUGUGUGUGUGUCUUUCUAAAACUGAGGCAUCUAUUUCCAGCAGUUUACCAAAUCAAACCAAAAUUUGUAUGUCUAUAAAAGAAGGGGAAUUGAAAACUGCCAACUGUUUGCACCCAUAACUCAUCAGUAUUUUGACAUUUGGCAAUUUGCUUUUUAAAAAUAGUGGAUUUUGGUUAAUUGGGACCUAUAAAGACUAGUGCAUUUUGGCCCAAUUAAAUGCCUGUUGCAAUUAGCUAAAGUUCCAUGACAAUCGUAAUAAAAAAGACAAACUACCCCUUAACUGAGUAACGAAUUAUGUACUUAAGUGAAAUACAGAGCGAAUGAGAACAUUGCAGUACUAUACAAUUGUAUUACUAAUAGUAACAGGAUUUCAAAAAAUGUCGCGUUCUUUUGAUUGAACAUAAAACAGCAUAGACACCUAGUGCAAACAGUCCUUUUGACGAUUGCAUCCUCCAAAUUUUCAUUUUCAUUGUGACAUUCAAAAUGAUUGUCGACACCUUUGUACAGGUAAUUCCUAACAUGAAGUAGUGAAAUUGUUUGAUUUUCACUCGUGGCCAUUUCUGGCAUCUCUGUGCCUGAAUGCUUGAAAUUACAGUGAGCAAAAGAGUUUUGAAUUGUCUUAGUACUUCUUGCCAACUAUCAAUGGCAAAAGUUACUGCUAUUUGAAUAAAAACAUGCAACUGACACUAUUUAAAGUGUUCAAUCUAAGCACUGUGUAGGGUCUUAACAGCCACACAAUAUGUAGAAUAUUCGGCAGCAAUUAAAUGGUAUAUUGUGCCAAAUAAAGAGUAUCAAAGGGCUAUUUUCACGAUUAGUUUUUGGUCUUUAAGAUUGGUCCCAAUAAUCAGCUGUCCCAAUUAACUGGAAUUCACUGUACUUCGAAAUUGAGAAUGGGUGGUAAUUCUUGUCCUUUAGAUUGGGUUUAACAGCCUUUGUCCAGCUCUUAAGAGCACACUGCUCUUUAACAUUUGACUACUCUCCUUUGGAUUAUCUGUACAUUACUAGCCUAGGGUUUUGUUUUUAAGCACUGUUACAGUGAAGUGGAUUCUCGUCCUCUGUGACCAGGUAGCCUCACAAAUGUUGAAUUUGUGAAUUCUAUUUUGACCAUCUCUCGAUAUUUGCUAAAUUAUGAACUGCUGUAAAUUUGUACAGUUCAUGUACAUGGUGGCGAAAGUUGUACAGAUUUCUAUUUUGCAAGAGAAAAUUUUUGUCUUCUAUUGUAAUAAAAUGUUUCCUAUCUUGCCAUUUUAACAAAACAAGAAAUUGGCCUCUGUG